AUGUUCUCUCGAACCACGCUGGCACGGGCACUUGCCCUGCCCAUCGAGCACACCGCCGCCCGAUCCUCCAUCCUCGCCGGCGCCAGCAACACCACCUUCCGUGCCUGCCUUCACCAAGCCACCACCACAUCUUACUCCACAACAACAUCAUCACACCCCUCCGCUCCCCUCAGUGCCACUCCCCGGGCCCAAACUUCCAUUCCCAUCGAACAACCUCACUUCCUGACGCCCCAGAACACCAUUCCCGAAACCCGCGCCGAUGUGCCUCUCAACAAACAGCCCGUGGCCCCGACCUUCGACGCUCCAUUGAAAGUGUCUCAAUCCCUCCUCGACAUGCUGCCCUACCUCACCUCGCAAAAGCCGCACUACAUUACCGCCCACCUCCACGACAGACCCUACCUGCUUACCGAGGGUGAUCAGCUGCGUCUGCCUUUCCUCAUGCCCAAGGUGAAAUCGGGCGAUAUCCUUCGGUUUAACCGGGUGUCGGUGCUCGGUUCUCGUGAGUUUUCGCUCAAGGGCGGCGAGAAGUACCUUGAUGAGCGGUUGUUUGAGUGCCGGGUCCGGGUGAUGGGUUUCGAGUCGGAGCCUUUGCGCAUCACGGAGAAGACGAAGCGGAGACGCCGUCAUGUGCAGAAGGUGACGAGCAAGCAUCGUUAUACCAUUCUGCGGGUCAUGGAUGUUAAGGUUAAGACGGCGGAGGAGUUGUUGCAGGAGGGUGCGGUUGUGGUGCAGAGUGCUGAUUCUGCGGCCAAUGUUGAACUUAAGGAGUAG